AGCGUGCAUCACGGAGGUGUUCCGCUUUCCCAGAAAUACUUGACAGAUUCUACUUCAGAUUGAGAGAAUUCAAGAUGGCUGCUUCAGGUUCCAGGUAAGGGCUCACUCCCCCGGAUCCCCAGUGCAUGAAGUUCUCCUGUUGUUGAAGGAUCUCAGUGCUGCUUCCCUUGCUCUUCCUGCCUGUCAUUAUGUCCUCAAACUCUUCCUCCUGCUCCUCCUCGGGAGAGACAAGUCCAGAGGAUGUGCCCCGAGGUGGGGGCACCAUCCGUGUCUUCCUCCCCAAUCAACAGAGGACCGUGGUGAAUGUUCGCCCUGGGCAGACCGUUUAUGACAGUUUGGAUAAAGCCCUUAAAGUAAGGGGCCUGAGCCAGGACUGUUGCGCUGUGUUUCGACUCCUAGAAGGUCGCAAGAGACUAACUGAUUGGAACACUGACAUCACCCCACUGGUAGGAGAAGAGCUUCUGGUGGAGGUGUUGGAUGAUGUCCCCCUCACCAUGCAUAACUUUGUACGAAAAACCUUCUUUAAGUUGGCCUAUUGUGACUUUUGUCACAAGUUUCUGUUCAACGGCUUCAGAUGUCAGACAUGCGGCUACAAGUUUCACCAGCACUGCAGCAGCAAGGUCCCCACUGUGUGUGUGGACAUGGACACUAUAACAAAACGGUGCACACCUAAUCCUUGCCCAGAUGAGUACCCUCAGAUAUCCAUACUGUUGCCAGACAACUCCAUAUCCCAGAGCGACAUAGCCUUAACCCCGGAUCCUUCUGGGCACGGACUACUGUCCCCAACCUCGGCCUUCCGGUUUCCUCUGCCAGGUGGAGAUGGUCAGUCUCUACAGAGGCAUCGGUCCACCUCCACCCCCAAUGUCCACAUGGUCAGCACCGUAGGCCCUGCCGGUGUCAGCAUCAUAGAGGAUGCGUUAAAAUUACAAAACAAUACAAUGGUUCCUGAACCAUCACCCAAACCCUCUACCAGCCCGCCCUCCCUGGGCUCCCCUGGCAGGAGACCCCCCAAAUCCCCCUCCGAGCACAAGGAGCGCAAGCCCUCCUCAUCUGACGACAAAAAGAAAGUGCACCGUGGCGGCUAUAGAGACUCAAGUUACUACUGGGAGGUACACUCGCGAGAAGUCAACAUCCAGAAAAGGAUAGGUGCAGGCUCCUUUGGGACUGUCUUCAAGGGCAAGUGGCACGGCGACGUCGCCAUCAAGAUCCUCAAAGUGACAGAGCCAACACCUGAGCAGUUGCAAGCCUUUAAAAAUGAAAUGCAAGUGCUACGAAAGACACGCCACGUCAACAUUCUGCUGUUCAUGGGCUUCAUGACUAAGCCUAACUUUGCCAUCAUCACACAGUGGUGUGAGGGCAGCAGCCUGUACCGCCAUCUGCACGUCUCUGAGACCAAGUUUGAGACCAUGCGUCGCAUCGACGUGGCCAGGCAGACAGCACAGGGCAUGGAUUAUCUUCAUGCCAAGAAUAUAAUUCAUCGAGACCUGAAAUCAAACAACAUCUUCCUCCAUGAGGGCUGGACUGUGAAGAUCGGGGACUUUGGGCUGGCAACGGUGAAGUCUCGAUGGAGUGGCUCUGAGCAGGUAGAACAGCCCAGCGGCUCCAUUCUGUGGAUGGCUCCUGAGGUGAUCCGGAUGCAGGACGCCAACCCUUACACGUUCCAGUCAGACGUGUACGGCUACGGGGUGGUGCUGUUUGAGCUGAUGUCGGGGACACUGCCUUAUUCCCAGAUUAACAACCGAGACCAGAUACUCUUUAUGGUUGGGCGUGGCUACUUGUCUCCAGACCUCAGUUUGCUGUCCAGUAGCUCACCCAAGUCCAUGAAGAGGCUCAUCAUUGACUGCCUGAAGUUCAAACGUGAUGAGAGGCCCCUCUUUCCACAGGUCAUGUUAGGCAUUGAGCAGGUCCAGGACCUGUUGCCAAAAAUCGAGCGGAGUGCCUCGGAGCCCUCCCUCCACCGGGCUGUCCAUGCGGAGGAACUGAACCCACUCCUGUUCCACACCACUCGGCUGAUGCCACUGUGAGCUCUGCUAAGCCAGGCCCAGGAGUUGUCUGUCCUUCUGUCUGAGGAAAGAGACCAUCACCACUGACGUCAACGCUGGCUGCAUUACUCCUAUGAGAGCGAGUCCACAGACAGCUGCCCAUCCAAACACCCCCAGGGCUGUGUCCCAAAUGGCACUCUUCCCUCCAUAGUGCACUACUUUUGACUCGAGUUCUAUGGGCCCCGGUCAAGGUAAUGUAGUAUAAGGUGAAUCGGCUGCUGUUUCGGACGCAACCCAUUAUUCCCCUUUCUCUGGCACUGGUUGGGGGCUCCUACAGACAACACCACCACCACCAAAUGUAACCCUUCCUCACGCCCACACUCCACAGCACAACCCCCUGAGCCCUCAGACUCUCCCUACUACACAUCAGAACCACACAGCUUCCCUCCCUCUCCUCCUUCUCCUCACAGGCCUAGACACACUGGAACACAUGCUGGCCAGGUCAGAACCCCUACAUUCCUAUACUGUCACUCUACUGGCCAGGCCAUGUCAGAACCCCUACAUUCCUAUACUGGCCUGGCUAUGGAUUUCUCAAUGCUGCUUUUAAGUGUGGGACGCCAGACUUUGUAGUCGUAUCAUAAUGACGUCAGUGUUUUGCGCUUUUGAGUGCAAGCGAUGAAAGAGAAAUGCUUACAGAACAACAAUGGCAUGCACAGAAGAUGACUUUCACUUGGUUGUUGUGACCAUAUUUUAAGUUAUUGGUCCUUUUGGUCCCAUAAUGGUUUUGGUAAAUCAUUGUGUUGUCGUGCAGUCUUAGGAUAUGACCAUGAAUAAGCUGCUAUACAACAUGGAUUUGAAAUGCCACUGUCAAAGACAAGCAGUUUGGGACUCAAGUUAACGGCGGCAUCAAAUGUGUACGGCACCAUUUUAAUAGACACACAGGGUCGUAUUUAGUAGUGCACACCAAAGCAAAACUUUUUGCAACUGAAAUACGAAAACACAAGCUUCUUAUUGGACAUGGUUAGGUAGUCCCUCCCUGUUUCAGUCCAUUUUCUUUCAUUUGGUGCCUAGUUAAUGACCCAGACCCGUAUAAACCUUUGCAUUGUUUCCAGUGAAUACAUAGGCUAGUCUAGCCCUGAGGCCUUCUGUAUGGCCUGAAACCUGUAGUCUUAACAAGUAAAGAGUAUUCUCAAUGCUUUACAUGCUUAAAGUCAGCUUGACUCUACAUUGCACCAUGGACAAACACUUGUGCUAGCAAAUCUGGUUAAAACAAGCUGCCUUACUUAUAUGUAGUUGCUUUUUGCUCAUUGUGACACAUGAAGCUUACUCAUUAUCAAUCACGUGACACCUAGUUUAUCUGAAUCCUGCUUUCAAUCUAACUUUUAUGGGGGUAUAAUAACUUGAAAAUGUCAAUGUUUGGAACAUUGUUUGUUUUCUUAAUUCCUGAUUGUAGUAGCUUUUACACUUUGACUGGCCUUUAGGAAAUGGUAGCCUUUAACUUAAAUGAAUGACUUCUCCUCUUCCUGCUUCCUAUUGCUUUCGAUUGUGGGUUGCUACUUCAAUUGAGUGUUGCACCUAGUGACAGAUGGUUGGUUGCUUGCUUGGUAUUAACAGUGGGACACCAGGUGGGUGUAAUUAAGGUAGGACAGAACCUGCAGGCUCCAGACGUGGUAGGGUAAGAGUUGAAUACCCCCGGCCUAUUGGUUUCCUCCUCAUGUCAGUGAAAGUGCAUUGAUGGUUAUUUUGAGUGAGGCUUGUUCAAUUGAUACUAAGUAGAUUGCUCCAUGGUGCAACUGGGAUGGGAUGACUGUUAUUUUGCUGCGUACUGGUUACAACGAGGGGCAGAUUUGAAUCAUCAAUGGUAACUUGUUCUUUUUUUUGUGUGUGUCAUGCUUAAUUUGAACUAAUCAUAACUGUGAUUUUAACCCAUAAGGGUCUGUUGUUUUUGGUCUUAUGUAUGCUGGAAAUGGCUUGGACAGUAGAGGGCGUGAUUUUGUAAUACCUUAUUUGACAUGAUCAAUUUAAACUAGUGCAGAGUCUAUUGUGGGGUGAUGGUUACUGAACAAACAAUAACUGACAGGUUUUUUUUUUUUUUUUUACUAUAAAAAGCAGAGUUUUUAACCUAGAUGUUUUAAAGAGGGGCUGGGUACCCUAUUGUUAUUUACUCAUUCCAAUUAUGUUGGGUUGUGUGAAUAGGUUUGACUUGGAGAUUUUGUUAGACAAGGGUUUGUGAAAGACUACAUUUCUCAUCUUAUUUAUUGAUGUUAUUGUCAUUGCAGAUGGCGGUGUGAUAAAUCUGCUGUCAUGGACCUUUUGGUGGAUUAAAUGUUUACUGAGUGAUAAGAGAUCACUCUUUGCAGCAUUUAAAUCAUGGCUGGUUUGGGUUCUCUAACCUAACGGAAUGUACUUUCAAGACAUGGUACUGUCUCAAACUACUCUAAUUGAGCUUCAGAUUUUUGAUACUCUGUGUCAUGCACGUGCAUUUAAUUAGCUUUUGAUUGCAUUACAUUUUCACCCGGGGCCGUAGUGAGCACUGCAUUAUUUACUGGGGUGGAAUGUGGUAUACACCCCACUGAGGUGGUGUAUAUACCCGCCCUAAUGCGGAUUCAGUAUCCUCCUGAGACUUGGGCUACAUUGUCGUUUACCCUCUGGUCAGACCCAGGAAAUAUGGAAUGUCAUUAGUGGCAUUUAUACUGUUAUUAAUGCAAUGUGCAGCAAAAGAAAGAAAAAGGCAUGGAAAAUCUGUUUUUGCACAUCAAACAUUCAUUUGUCCCAGGUGUAGGUCAUACACAAAUAAUUGAAUAGCCCAAAGGCUUUAGAAUGAAACAUAUCUUUCCAAAUGAAAUCCCUUUUAUAGACCUGAGUUUCUGUUAAAGUAUCCAGUGCAUUUACAGGUGUCCAUGAUUCAGGAAUAGUCUAGCUUCUUAUGUUUGGUGGCAUUGCUUUACCAUAAUGGCAGUCGGUUUCUGCUGAAUUGAGUACAUUUGUUACUCAGAGGGACUCUGAUUUCUUUAAUGACCUCCCUAUUAAAUAAGGAAAAUGUCACUUAGAGAAGAUAUCUUAACAUUUCAGUUUAGUCAAAUGCAUCUCCCUCUCUCUUCCAAACAGGAUAUUGUUUCUUCUGUUGUGUUCAGAGAGGAGGACAAAAGUGCCACAGUUACUGACAUUUUGUACAAGUUAAAUAUAAAGAAAUUGACCUCCCCCGAAAUCGACUGCGCUAAAGGCAUGACAUCACAUUGAAGAUAGCAGUUGCUGUGCUUCAGACACCGGGUAAUUACAGGGGUAGCGUGGGGAAACAAACCGGACUCAUUUAACAGCUGUCAUAUUUCAGAGCAGUAAAGAGAACGAAUGAUCUGUGUCGGAGUAGUUUUGCAUAUCUAGGUGAAUUGCAAUAAUUGUGUGUAUAGUUUCUGAGGUAUCAGGGGUGUUCAGUUUGCAAUAAAUGGUAUAUUCUGCUGUG